UUAUAUAUAGUAUGAAGUCUCUGUGACUGUGGCAGUGUGUCCACAGUCUUGAAGAAAACAAAGGAUGUCAGGAAGAGAGGAAACAGGACAAUGGAGGGAUAUGAGAGCCACUGCCUCCCUCUCACACUGCCUCAUUCACUGCCUGACUAUGCAUAUUCCACACACUCUCAUAUUUUGACAGGGCCAAUAGGCAAGUGUCUAAGGCAGACUAAGCGGAGGUCAGUUUCUGUUCAGGUCAAAGCAAAUAUCUCUUAUAACAUAAUAUAAUAAUCUAUAAUACAAUAUUAUAUUAUAGAGGUUGUAUUAUAGAUUAUGUUUCUUUUAUGACCUUUCCAACACCACCACCACCAACAAAAAAAUAAUGUUAGAGAAAAAUCUUUGUAUGACAGCAACCUAUUACAUUAUCAGAUAAAAAAAAAAAAAAAAAAACACGAUGAAGGCUGUUGGGUUUUACAUGUGGAUUGUGAUACUUUCACCCCUGCACAGUGGAGGUUGUUUGUGAUGUCACUGACUGUUGUUUGGGGGUUUUUCUUCACAGAUCUCACAAUGUUUCUGUCAUCAACUGCUGUUGGUCUUUAUGUUGGUUUAUCCUUUUUAACAACAAAUGCAGUCUUCACAGGUGAAAUCCAGGGCUCUCAAACCAAGAAUAGACAUUCAAAGCAUUUAAUUGUUUAAACAAUCAAUCUAACAGGGCACACCUGAGCAACAAGAAAUACAUAUCAGUCACAUAUUCCAAUAAUUUUGAUCACUUGAAAAAUGGGUGGGUUCAAACAAAAGGUGCCAUGUUCUAAGUUGUUUAACACAUCUAGAUGUAAAUAUCCAGAAAUGAAAGCUAAAAUUCUGAUCUAUUGUCUCAUAUUUAUCUUUUGAUAACAAAACAUGAAGUCUCCAAAACAAAAGAAUCGGUCUUGCCGUUCCAGUACUUUCUGAAGGGACUGUAUAUACAAAGUACAAUACUGUGCAAAGGUUUUAGGCACAUUAACACUGCAAAAUCUUUUUAAUGGUAAAGUAUUUAGAUAAUAUAUUUGUAAUGUAGUCGUAUUUAGGCAUCUUCAUACAUUGUUGGUCGCCAUUAUAUAUAUGUAAAUAGUGGUUCUAUAAGUAGUUACAUAAUCCCAUCCUCCAGCAAGAGGCAAGAGAAUGCAUGAUCUCUCAGGCCAAGUGGCCAGUCACAUGAUUUGGUCCUUUCUGCUGAAGGGAACGUUUUUAAUGGUUUACCAAGAAACCUCAGAAUACAUAACCCGUUCCAUGGUUUACUUUUAACCAGCAGGGAAAUGCAAGAAGUCAGUAUAGCAGUGCCAGAGAACAGUCUGUUAUCUACUCUACAGAGAUAUGGAGCCAUAAAGCACAGGAAUGUUACAGUCAGAGGUCAGUUUUUUAAAACUGGUCCAAGCAACACGAGUAGGAAAUUCUCUGCUUUGAUAAGGGGCUUAUGUUAUUGAAAUAUCAUUUAAAAAUAAUUAAAACAAAAGCAAAUGGACUUCAAAGCAUGAUUGGAAUGUUAACGUAACAAGGCGUGGGUCUGGACAGAUAAGGAACCUUCAAAAUGUGAGUAAGAAGAAGUAUGACUGUUAUGCCAUUGGUGCUUUGGUUAUUAUGCACCGAGACCAGUCAAACCAGAUGGAUUGCUUUACUCCUAGCUGUAGAAAACCUGUGCUAUUCACAUGCUCUAUUUACAGACAUUGGAUUGUUAAAUCAUAGGAGACGCAUUAUAAUGAAGAAAUGAGGAAAUUAUUUUAUUCUAUGGGUAAAAACCUGAUUGAAUUGUUCUUAAAUGUUGUCAUUUGAUAUUUUUUUCUCCACUUUCGAUACCUGAGAACUCUAACUGAGCAAAACACACACACAGUGCUCAGAGUUGCUAAGUGAGAUACUGACAGAGGCAGAAGGAGAGUGAAACAGGGAGAGAGAGCGUGAGAGAGAGUGAGAGAGAGAGAGGUGGAGUUUAUAUACUUCCUAAGUAUCGGUGUCAGUAUAGUGUCAGUCUUCUCUUCAGAUGCAUGCAACAAGGACACAUAGAGACUUUUCUACAGGGGCUUUUCAGAUAAUCAUAAGAGUUUCAGUUUUCGAAUUGUGUGAGUGAGGGGAGACUCCUUGCUCCCUGUGCUGAAAACAUACUGGCCUCUCAUGAAGGACAAACACACCAGCAGGAACGAGGGGUACAGUGUAACAACUGUCGGCUUAUCAAAUAGCAAGAUGAGCAUUAGGGUUGGUGUGAAUAUAUCAACUCCUGAGCUCAAUACAUUAUGGGAAGAGCCCCCAUAUGCACUAACUCCAGAAAAUGAUGUCAUGGGCAUUGGAGAUGAGGAAGUGGAAACAGAGGCUGAGGUGGAGGGUGAGGGGAUCACUGGUGAGAGUUACUGGAAGAGGAAGGAAGCUCUCAGCACUGUCUCCUUGGCUGUAGGAGAUCACUUCUCUUCAGAUGUGAUACUGCUGUUCAAUGGGAGAAGGCGCUCCAAUUUAGAGCCAGACAGUGUGCUGCAGGAGGCACUGCGCACUAGAUUAAGGGUCGUAGAGAGCAACAGCCAAGAUGUUAUUCAGCUUUUUAAAGAUCUCUCUGCGCGCUUGGUUUCAGUACAUGCUGAAAAAGACCAUUUUGUUAUUACUUUUAAGACAGUGGAGGAAAUCUGGAAGUUCUCUACAUACCUGGCUCUAGGAUAUGUGGCAAGGUGCUUGGAGAACUUCCUGUGUGACCAGUCUUUCUGGCUGGACCCUCUUUUGCUCAGUGAUGUGGAGAUUUGUGUGAGGGUAGAUGAGGAACACCUAGCCACUCUCUAUCUGGGGCUCCUACUCCAAGAAGGUUCAUUCUUUGCUAAAGCUCUGGUUAACAGUGAUCAGUGUAUAGAGGAAGAAGACAAAUUGGCCUACAAGAAGAAUGACCUUGUUAUUGUGAAGGAUAUUGGACAGGAGUCCAUGUGGGAGGGAAUUCUGCUGUCUACCGGUCAACAUGGCCUAAUGCCUGUUCAUGCAAUGCAGCCUCUGCCCUACCCUUUUUACCAGUGGUUUCUUAGGAAGUACCAUGGCAAUGCAGGAGGGUUUUCAUCCACAAAAGGUCAACGUGACCAACCUAUAGUAACAGGAAAUUGCGUAGCAGUAGUGGAUUGUUACCCAAUGGCUAAAGAUGAACUGCACUUCAGUCAAGGAGAUCUGAUAGAGGUCGAAGGCUUGCUUAUUAGCUCAUUGAACAUGUUCAUUGGGAGACACCUCUCUAGUGGACAGAUAGGAUUUGUCCACAUGGCCCAUGUGAGACCUGAAAAUGUCAAACCACUCAGUGGACAAUUGGUCUUUCUGAGUGAGGAGGAAAGGGUGGCUCUCUCACAGUUUAAUAUCUGCACUGAACAGUGCCAUACUGGUCUACUGGACAAACUCUUCUCCACUGACAUCAGCACUGUUUACAAAUUAGACAGACUGGAUGACUCCGAUUUUACCUAUAUCAGAAACCAACCAAAGCAAGAACAGAAAACUCCAGUAGAUGCCAGGAAGAGCAUUAUACUGGAACAUAUUGAUACUCCAUCCUAUCACUCCUCCCCUCUACCUUCCUUCUAUGCUUCUCAGAGUUGUCUAGACAGGGACAAUGAAGCCUUCUCCUUCAGCCUGGAGGACACUUUCCGAGAGAUGGACGAGUAUGAGGAAGAUCCCCCCUUUAUGGAUGAAGGCAUCUGUGAAACUGAAGAAGCUGAGUUUGUUGACCCCAUCUUAACCCUUCUCAAUCUGGACUACUUCCAGGAUUCUUUUCAUGCACUUUAUGACCUCUCCUACUCCUUCUUGGACACAGUCUUUGGGGGUCUUCCGGUGGAUGAGGUGCUCCUGCAUCUGGAGACCUUGCGGGAAGGAGCAAAGAAAGGCAGGAUGGUAUGGGCCCAUCGGAGAGCCUGCUUCCUUCUGGGCAGGUUGUGUGCCAAAAAACUCAAGUACUCACAGGCUCGAGUCUACUUUGAGGAGGCACUGAAUGUCCCUGUAGAGGGCUUUAAUGACAAACCUCUGUUGAUUGCCCUGUAUAGCAACCUUACUGCUGUGUACCUGAAGCAGAAGAUGACAGACAAGCUGCCUUAUACAUUAGAAAAAGCAAGUGCUCUUAUACUGGGCCUCCCAUUACAUAACUUCUGCUCCCUUGACGAGUUUGAACUGCUCAAGCCCAUUCUAUGCAAAGCUAUUGUUUGCAAUGAUAAGCACCUUGAGGCACGGACUUGCUAUUUAAUCCUCUGUCUAUUUUUGCAUAACAGAAAGAUUGAGGAAGCCUUGCCUUUUGUGGAAAGGCUUCAGUUCCUCAAUCUCACUCUCUUAGCAGAAGAAGGAAGGCCUAUAGGACCAGUUGACCUAAACUGGAUACUAUGCAGGCUCUACCACAAGAAGUAUCUGCCAUACCUUGCAUUAGCCUCUCUCAGUCUAGAUUCAAGUCAGGAUCAUUCUUUGGAUAAUGCCUUUCAAAAGAUUGAACUUUUCCUGAAGAACUCAGUCAGACUGAAUCCUCGUUGGAAGGAUGGCUCUGCUCUGCUCCCAGUCCAGGUGGUAGUUUACCUUCAGCAGGCAUUGAUUAUAGCUAACUGUGGAGAACACAUGAAGACUCAGAGAGACCUUUGUAUGAGUUUGGCCAGUGUCUACCAGCAGUAUGGUACUUUAGAAAGGGCAGUGCUCUAUGCCGAACAAGCAGUGCAGGCAGGAAGUAGCAUUAAUGAGGAGGAGGGCUUUGAGGCAUCAGUGCUGCUGGCCUGGCUCUUAGUGCUCAUAGAGGAACCAGAUAGAGCCCAAUCUACGUUACAACCUCUCCUUAACUCAUUUAAUAGAACAGACAGUCAAACACAGCGUGGAGUGGUCCACAAUCUACUUGCGUUAUGUCUUCACAAACAGGGGAAGGUCACAGAGGCAGCAAUGGACUUUCACUGUGCUCUCAAGAUUGCAGAGGAAAAUGGAAACAAACAUAACGAAGCUCUGGCUCUGGCUAACCUGGGGUGUCUCACCUUAUCAGUGGGGGCUCCAAACCUGGCAGAGACUUUUUUGCUCAGAUCUCUUCAACUUUUCCAGUUUCUGUCUGAGAGCCCCUCAGAUGAAGAGCAUGUUCAGACUCUGCUGUGGCUAGGUAAAAGCUACAAAGAAAGGGGAGAAAGUCAAAAGGUUAGGCUGUGCUUUGAGAUGGGUCUCCUGAUAGCCAUCAAUGCCAAGAACCUGCACAGUCAGAUGGUUGUUGCAAAGGCGCUCAGUCGUCUCUAUGCCGACUUAAUGUUGUAUGGGCAAUGCAUAAUUUACUAUGAGCACUGUGUGGGGCUCGCCAGAGAAAUGAAGGAUAAACAUCUGGAGGGAGAGUACCUGGAGAUUCUCAGUAAUCUCUACCUAUCACUUAAUACUGAGAAGUCCUCACGGAAGUCUCUGGACUACACUAAGCAAAGUCUAAGGAUUUCCAUAGACUUAGGAAAGAAACAGGAGGAGUCAGAGACAUGGCUACAGGUGGGCCGUAUCUACUACUUGAUCCAUGAGGAUGAACUGGCAGACAUGUAUCUUCAGGCAGCUGUAAAGACAGCCCUAAGGAUAAACGAUCCAUGUUUUGCUAUGAACAUUUAUGAAGAGGCUGGAGAUGUCUUCUUCAAAGGACACAGAAACCGACUGGCUGCUGUUUCAUUUUUUAGAGACGGGGGUCUGCCAUUUGCAAGAUCUCUUAAGGAUGUGCAUUCAGAGUUCAGGCUUUUAUGUAAGCUCUCUGAAUUGCUGCUGAAGGAAGGUCAGCACCAGGAGGCCCUGCAGUAUGCUACACUUGCAGUGCAAAUCAGCACCUCAACUGGUGUACGUCUGAAUGAGAGGGUGUCCUACCAUCGCCUAGCCUCAAUCUACUUUACCCUGAAGGAGUAUGAGAUGGCUGAGAAUUACUAUUUGAAGGCUCUAUCUCUCUCUCCCAAUGCACUGGAGCAUGCAGAAGAGGCCCGCUACUAUGUUAAAGUUUACUGCAGACUAGCUGAUCUAACCCUGCACAAGAUAAAGGAUGCUUUUGAUGCCAUGGGAUAUUUCCACUUAGCUCUGGCAGCAGCUCUGGAAGAUGGAGGGAGCCUUCAGGCCAGGUACAUAAUUUACAUGAAGCUGGCAGAGAUACACGCUAACUACUUACCUGAUGUGGAGCUGAGCCAGAGAUAUAUGGACAGUGCACGGAGCCUAAAGAGGGAGCUGGCAGGACAGACAGACUCCGGUGACACAAAUGAUGAAUAUAUGAACCAUGCUUCUACAGAGUAUGCUGAUGCUAAGUCUAUCAAUCAUUCCAGUGCUUGGUCGAGGAGCUCAGACUUUAGCAGUAGAAGCAGUACUCUUGUAGGCUCCUACAUGAUGGACACUAGCCAUACAGUGACUGCUUUGAGGGAAACUGGGACAGAAGAUAUGGACACCAACAACCCAGGAGGGACUGAUGGUGGGCCUAGACACCAUACAGAUUCCAAAAUAAAUAACGCUAAUCAAAGAAUCCAUACCAGCCACACAGAUUCUAGCUUACUAGGUACAGAAUUUUGAUCAUCCCACCCCAACCCCCAAGGCACAUUAUUAUGGAAAUGAAAUGUUUAAAUAUUUUAACUGGAUAUUGCUCAUGUACUUUAUUCUUCUGCCAAAUAUAGGGGAAAUUACUAUUGUUAAAAUACUCUGAUUUUUUUUCAAGGAAAGAACACUUGUAAAUAGAUGUAAAUAUACCUGUCAGAUUUUAUGUAUAUUAUGUUUAUUACAUUGAACUGAAAGUCUUUACAUUUUUUUCCUACUUUUUGAAGAACUUAUUUGGAGAUGACAUUAAAUUCUAGUCAAUCCCUAAUUCUAGUUCGUAUGAUUUUUCCUUAUAUGCAACAUGUUGGAUACAAGUAUGUGAUGUAUAUUGGCUUCUAUCACACCAAAAAUGAUGAAUGUGUUAAUACUUUCUUUGAAUCUGCACCAAACUUCACAUGUUUAAUAGAAAUCAAACUUCACAUGUAGGAUACGAAUCCUGGCCUGAGGACAUCUACAUGCCAAUAUUCAUUUGUAGUCGUAGUGCCACUUACUGGCAACAGGAAAAUAUGUCAAAAACAACCAUAGAAAUUGUAAAAAAAAAAAAAAAAUGAAUGGCUGUCCCGUGGCAGAGCAGAGCCAAAAUGCACCCAUGUGCAAGGGCCCGUUUAUCGCUA